AUGGUCCAAGAUAACAUUAAACAACUUAUUCAUGAAAAAUAUGAAAAGGCCAUUCAAUCUGGUACUUUGAAAUUGGCUGAAACCACUUCAAAAAAGAUUAAAGAUUUAAAAUCUGGUAUCCAAUGUUUAGUCACUUUAGCUCCUAAUUUGAAAAAGAAGCAAUCAAAUGAUUCCACUGAGAAGGAUGAUUCAAUUGAUCCAUUCAUCAAUCCAAACCCAGAUGUAGUCAUCUCAGAUGAUUUGAAUAAUGAUGGUGAUUAUCAAUUACUAUUAAAUAAAUUCCCAAUUAUUCCAGAACAUUCUAUUUUAACAACAAAGGAAUUCCAAAGUCAAACUUCCGCUUUAACUCCAAAAGAUUUAUUAACCACUUAUCAAUUAUUAUGUAAAUUGGAUGCCGAUGAUGAAGAUGAAGAAGAAUUCACUUCUAGACAUUUGGCCUUCUAUAAUUCAGGUGCUCAUAGUGGCUCUUCUCAAGAUCAUAAACAUUUACAAAUUGUUGAAUUACCAUCUAAAUUGAUUCCAUUCCAACAAUCUCUUUGUAAUGGUAAAGAACAUUUCUUACCAACUUUCAAUUCAGAACCUUUACAAGAUGAUAAAAUCUCUUUUGCUCAUUUCGUCUUACCAUUACCUGAAUCAUCUGAAGAUGUUAAUGAAGAUUUAUUAGCAAUGUGUUAUAUCUCUCUUUUACAAAGAACUUUAACCUUUUUCCAAGAUUGGACUAAUGAAAGACCAAACUUAUCCAAAAGUUAUAACGUAUUAUUAACUAAAAAUUGGAUUUGUUUGAUUCCACGUUCAAAUGCCACUGCAGAAAUUAAACAAACUCCAGAAGAUUCUGAAGAAAUUGAUUUGAAAUUAUCAAUCAAUUCAUUAGGGUAUGUCGGUAUGAUCUUAACUAAAGAUGAAAAGGAAUUUAAUCAAAUCGUUUCUAAUCCACAAAUUGUUGAUGAACUCUUAUUAAGCUGUGGGUUCCCAAACACUUUUGGUCAAAAACCAACUGAAUACCACUAUUAG